AUGCCGAGGGCGGUUUCUCGUGAGCCGUCCGGAGCAGGCCUGGUAAGCAGAGCGGGUCUAGUUCACGGAACGGCCAGAGGACACAACGAUAUGUGGUACGAUUUGGAUACGUUUCUCUUGGAUCAAGUGUGCGAGGUGCUUGACAAACUUGAAGAGGGAAAUCUCGAUGAUGCUAUUUGGGGGAAAAUCGUGAUCAUGGAAAAAUGCAAACGAGUUGCCAAGGCUUAUUUGAGGAAAACGACGAUUAUUGUCGAUGGAUCGGAAGAUGAAUUCGACGGCUCAACGCUUGGCUUCAAUUGUUUUGAUAACACUUAUCGAGAUGAAAACACUGAAGAGAUACGACAGAAAAUUGGUGAUGGAGUGAUUUUGAAAGUCGAUUAUCAGGGGAAUAUCAAGGGAAUGGCUAGAGGGACUACUCCGGUCAUAUGUCUUGGAUUUAAAGAUAGUGAACGAAGGAAAAAUUGUAUCUCUGAUCGAUUAGCGAGGCUACAAGGCCGAUUGAAUACGAAUGAAGAGGAUAAAGCAUUCAAGAUUUUCGACAUGCGCCGAUUUAAGAGCGCUCUUGAUCGAGAAAUCUCGGAUGGACAACCAGAUGCGAAAAAUUUAUUACUGAAAACGACAGUGAGGGUUGCAUUGGUGAAAGAUGGAGGAGACAUGAAUAGAACUCCUUGUUGGUUCACCGUUAUCAAUUUGAUUGCCCUGGACACCUUGAAAUCAAGAAUACCGAAUAUCAAGAAUAUGAGCCUAAUGAAUCGAAGCCACUCCGAAGCAGCCUAUUCAUCUUUACCGACUCUCGUCGCACCGACUCCAAUCUACAAUCAACCAGCGAAUUCAAUUCAAAUAAAUCAACAAGAGACUUAUGGAACAAAUCCAAACGGGUCACCAAACGAUCCGACUCAAGCGCUCACACAGCUCAUUGCGGCUGCAGUGAAACAAGCGAAUGGCCAAACGAUCUCUCAAUCUCUUCACAAUUUGCCAGUUUCUGUCGAUCAGUUAGCAACAUUGGCGAGCUCGCUUUCAUUGGGAAAACAAGAGAUCUCACAACAGAUCCUUGCACCUCAAGUUGGCAUCAAAGGAGAUCGCAAAGAUCGACGGAGGAACUACAAAGUGCCGUCGGCAGACGAUUCCUCUGGAGAGGACUCAGCUCUUCGAUCUGACAGUACACAAGGAGAAUGUCAACCACGGUCCCGGAACAAAAGGUGGGAUCAAACGACGAAAUCAAUCGACGCGGUGGCUGUACUUGGUGGGGGAUCGAAUGUGCCGAAUGGUUCCACUUCAACGUGCGCGAAUUCGUUGGUCGCCUCUCGCUCUCGCUCUCCGGACGUAUGUGAUCAGCGUAAUAUCACUGUGUCGAAAAGGCGCGGUCCGCCCCGUCCUCGGCUGCAGGAUGUCAUGUUUGAUCGAUCAUACUCGACCACUUCCGAUUAUGACUCGAAUCGAGAACUCUUUGAUUCAGGAAGCUGGAGCUCGAAUGGAUCAAAUUGCUAUCAGGGUCGAAGUCCCGCCUCUUCAGUGGUGUCCGACUCUGAAGGGCACGCACGUCUAGCGAAACCCAAACAAAUCGAAGGUCACAAUGGGAAACUCGUUCAAUUACGACAAGCUCCACCCCCGCAAAGAGCCAUCAAAGAAGUGCCACUCUCACGGCAACAAGUCGUUCGAAAAGAGUUGCACCGCCAGACUAGCACGAAUUUCAAUCGAUUACCAUCGAUUACCGCUUCAGCACCGAAAGCCGAGAUCUAUGAACACGAAAAGGAGAAGGAUGAGAGAAAAGAUCGAACACUUGACCAUCCAAGUGAUCGUUCGAGCAAACCGAGAUUAACAUAUCGAUUAUCCGGCGUAAACGUGCCCACACCGACCACCAAACCCCCGCCUCCACCACAUGAAUAUGAUGAACCCGAAGUAACCGACGAAAUGAUCUCCAUCGUACCUGUACCCGCCACAAAUCAUGAUCAAGCUUCUACAUCAAUGAAAGAUGCUGAUUCGAUUCCCCUUCACGCGACAAUUGUGUCUACUGAUGAUGAGGAGAUCAACACUCUGCCACCACCAAAACCACCAUCACCUGAUUACACUGAUGCACGACGGCAAACGGCAACUAUAACAGUUUCGGAGGGGUGCCGAAGCGUGGAGGGCCGUCUUUGGGAGAAACAGCGUCCCUCGACGGGCUCUCAAAGAGCGACCAGCUUUGUUGGGGAGUUACGCCGGGUUCUCCUCAAGCGCAACUCAUUCAAGGAACAACAGAACGCAGAACAGAACAACAACAAA